AUGGGGUUUUUAGAUAUUCGUCUUUCUACAUUUAUAGUUUUCUUUCUACGUCUUUCUUUCUACACAAAGAUAACGAAUGUGGAACACUAUCUGCCUGUUCUGAAAACAUUGGCUACGGAUAUUGUUCAAGUUUGUGAACGUAUUGACGCAUUACGGAAACGACUUGCAGCUCUGAAGGAGUUCGAGCAGAUGCUAUCCAUAGACACGGUUCGAAGGCGAAAUCUCAGAGGAUUUCUUGGAAUGCCUAGUGAUGUGAUGAAGUCUGCGAUGGAUGGACGUUCUCCUCAAGUUCCCUACCCUCCAUUUGUGGCAAUUUGGGAUGUCCGUCGUCUUUUUAAAGGCUCAUGCCCAGCUCUGAAUGCAUAA